AUGUGGCUUCCGACGACACCGCGCGACCGCCAACAUGGUUUUCGACGCUCGCCAGCUACAAGAGAAGCGCCAGGAGACGCGGACCCAUAUCUACACUGCCUUCGUGGACCUGACGAAAGCCUUCAACACGGUGAAUCGCGAAGGGCUGUGAAAAUCAAGCAGAAAUUCGGCUGUCUUGAGCGCUCUACACACACGGCACGUCAGCUGCACGAUGGGAUGAUGACGCGCGUCACGGGCAACGUCAUAAUCUCCAAGGCAUUCGCAGUGACCAAUGGAGCGAAGCAGGGCUGCGUGCUCGCUUCCACCCUCUUCAGGCCUAUGUGCUCUGCUACGCUGAUAGAUGCCUAUUGUGGUGAGCACCAUGGGAUACGCACCACCUACAGAAGUGACGAUAAUCUUUUCAACAGCAAGGACACGCAGGCCAAAACGGAGCUACUUACGACCACAGUCUACGACCUACUCUUCACCGACGACCGCACCAAUUUCAAACUGAUCAUCAACAUAAACAAAACGGUGGUUAAGCACAAACCGCCACCCAACACACAACCCUGCACUCCUCCUCGAAUCACCGUCAACGGCUAA